GCAACACAGAGUGUAAGCCGGUUGCAAAGCAUUGUAGCAGGAUUGAAAAAUGCGCCAAGUGAAGAGCUUGUGGCUAUUUUUGAAUCUUGUGUAAGAAACCCUAUGGAAAGCAUCAUUAACAGAGUGAGAGAGACAGGUGAUGUUUUCUGUCAGAACUAUACUCGGUCAACGGAUGAUCAGCCAGGAUCUCAUAUAGAUUUUGCUGUUAACCGGUUAAAGCUGGCAGAAAUUCUGUAUUAUAAAAUCUUGGAAACCAUAAUGGUACAGGAAAUGAAAAGACUACAUGGCAAAGACAUGUCUGCUCUUUUAGAACAAGAUAUUUUCCAUUGUUCCCUCUUUGCGUGUUGUUUGGAAAUUGUGCUGUUUGCAUAUAGUUCAUCACGCACUUUCCCUUGGAUCAUUGAAGUUCUUAACAUCAGGCCAUUCUAUUUUUAUAAGGUGAUUGAAGUAUUGAUUCGAUCAGAGGAAGGCCUUUCUCGAGAUAUGGUGAAACAUCUCAACAGCAUUGAAGAACAAAUUCUUGAAAGCCUUGCCUGGACAACUGAUUCUGCUCUGUGGGAUGCCCUUCAAGCUUCUGAAAACAAGGUUCCUACCUGUGAAGAAGUAAUAUUUCCAUGUAAUUUUGAAAUUGGAAAUGGUGGAAGAGGAAUAGGACAUUUUCCCAUGAUUUCAGCAUCUCCUAUAGUGCAUCCUCGAGUAAAAGAGGUUCGAACAGACCUUGGGGGAAAUCUUAGACGAGACAUGCAGUUGUUGUCUCCAAUCUCUGUUCAUGAUCGGUAUAGUUCUCCUGUGGCAGGAAGUGCCAAAAGAAGACUUUUUGGAGAUGAAAGCCCGAAAGAGAAGUCUUUGGAAAAAGAUCUCAUAGAAGGGACUAAGCUAAAAAUUGCCCCAAUGUCAAGCUUUGUUGAUGAAAAUCUUCCUGUUUCACCUGAACAGACGGUUCUUACUGUAGCAACAACUACAGUAACAGGACAGAAGAUGACAAUUCCAUUGCAUGGUAUUGCAAAUGACACUGGAGGGAUCACUUUGAUACCAAUUUCAGUCAACUUGUCUGAAGACUCUAAAGCAGACCACCACGACCAACCCCCUCUCACUGCUCAAACUUUAAUGAACAUGUCUCCAAGUCAACAUAUGAUGCAGGAACAGGAGCCUUAUACAGCAGGAAGCAAACCAAAGAAAACUGGAUCUCUAGCACUGUUUUUUAGAAAGGUUUAUCAUCUGGCAAGUGUGCGAUUACGUGACCUAUGUUUAAAGCUGGAUGUUUCCAAUGAUUUGCGCAGGAAGAUAUGGACAUGUUUUGAAUUCACAUUAGUUCACUGUACGGACCUAAUGAAAGACAGACACUUGGAUCAGCUACUCCUCUGUGCUUUUUACAUCAUGGCAAAGGUGUCCAAAGAGGAAAGAACUUUUCAGGACAUAAUGAAAAGCUAUAGAAACCAGCCACAGGCAAAUAGCCAUGUCUACAGAAGUGUCUUAUUGAAAAAAAUGUCCCAAAAGGCCACAUUAUGUAUUAAACAAGAAGAGAUGUCAGAAGAAGAUUCUCAGGGAACGGUGAAAUAUUCACAGGUGACAAACCCGGAAAGUUCAAGAGAUCUGGAGGAGGACGAGAGAGGUGACCUAAUAAAAUUUUACAACACCAUCUAUGUAGGAAGAGUGCAAACCUUUGCACUGAAAUACAGUGCUUCCAACCAUGAUCAUGUGGUGGAAGCACUUCCCCUUUCCCCCUUUCCUAGCAUCAAACAACAACCAGUGUCUCCUCGGCGGAUAUCUCAGCAACACUCUGUUUACGUUUCGCCACAUAAGAAUGGCACUAGCUUAACGCCUAAGACAGCAUUGCUAUAUAAAUUCAAUAGGAGCCCUUCUGAGAGUUUGAAGGAAAUCAACAAUAUGAUUAAACAAGGAGGACAGCGACCAAAGAAGAGAGCAAUAUCAAUUGAUAGUGACACAGAAUCACCAGCAAAGAGACUGUGCCAGGAAAAUGAUGAUGUUUUACUUAAACGUCUGCAGGAUGUUGUCAGUGAAAGAGCAAAUCAUUAAAUUGCUAUGAAGACCAAAUCUUCAAUAUCUUUCACAUAUGGUUCAAAUCCUAUUCCUCUCUCAACUUACUGUUUUUGCUUAUAGUAGGUAGAAAACAGACCGAAGCACAUACUGGUUGAAAUGUAUUGCUUCCGUGAUGCCGCAGAAGUGGAAUUUUAGAAAAAACACUAGACUUUAUCUACAGCUCACAGAGGUACAUGCAAUUAUUUUGAGAUUGGUUAGAACAUGGAUUAUAUAGCAUGCUGUACAUUUCGUAUGUGGCAGUAUGCUUUUGAGCUUGUUGUUCUGAAAGUGCAAGUCCAUUCCAGCCUUAAGAGAGUCUUAGCUUUUCUGAUUGUAGCCAUAACUUAUUAGGGAAAGGAGUCAAGUCAAUUAUUUCUUAGACUGAUUAUUCCCUUGAUUUAUUGUUCAUUUUUAAAAACAUACUUUGGUUUUCAUUCUUUAAAAGAAAACUAUUUUCUCCUAUGCAUUAUUUUAAUGUGGAGUAAUAUCAGAACAAGGUAUAUUCUGCUUACUAAUUACUACAGUGAAUCCAAAUAAUUCUCUCCCAAAAUUUAAAAUGGAAAGGCAUCCCCUUUUUAUCCAGAGUGUGGAAGGUGUUUGCAUUUGGAAUGUGAGCAUAAACAUAAAGUAUUUCACUCUUAAACAACUGGUAGGGUAGCAAAAUUUGGGAGGUUGAAAUUAAAGUUUUGAGUGGUGGUUCUUUGAUUUUAUUUUUUGUUACUGCUGGUAAAGCAGUGUUUAGAAUGGUGUGCAGUCUUCUCUCAUAGCCCAUAUUGAGGAAUUGUGCAUUUUCUUGCUACCUCUGGAAUUUGCUGUCCUAAAGAGGCAGUGAGCCCUGCCUUUGGACAGAAUCCAUCAGAGCUUACAGGGCUACGUGGAUAGAUGGAUGCCACUUAAUAUCCUUUUAUUUGUUCUGCUAAUUCUUAAAUUAACAUGGCUUCUUAACACUAAAUGAGGAUACAUAUUUGAGUUAGGGAAUCAGGCUUCUCUGGCUGCGUAGCAUCUCAGUAACCUGUCUC